AUGACCCUAGCCCUCAUCCUCCGAUCUAAGGUCCCAGACGUGCUCAAUGGGAUUGAGAUCCGGGCUCUUCGCUGGCCAUGGCAGAACACUGACAUUCCGCUAUCCAGUCCUCACGAACCCAGUCUCAUCCAGCCCCCACCAACCCAGUCUCAUCCAGCCCCCACCAACCCAGUCCCAUCCAGGCCCCACCAACCCAGUCUCAUCCAGCCCCCACCAACCCAGUCUCAUCCAGCCCCCACCAACCCAGUCUCAUCCAGCCCCCACCAACCCAGUCUCAUCCAGCCCCCACCAACCCAGUCUCAUCCAGCCCCCACCAACCCAGUCUCAUCCAGCCCCACCAACCCAGUCUCAUCCAGCCCCCACCAACCCAGUCUCAUCCAGCCCCCACCAACCCAGUCUCAUCCAGCCCCCACCAACCCAGUCUCAUCCAGCCCCCACCAACCCAGUCUCAUCCAGCCCCACCAACCCAGUCCCAUCCAGCCCCCACCAACCCAGUCUCAUCCAGCCCCCACCAACCCAGUCCCAUCCAGCCCCCACCAACCCAGUCCCAUCCAGCCCCCACCAACCCAGUCCUAUCCAUUCCCCACCAACCCAGUCCCAUCCAGCCCCCACCAACCCAGUCCCAUCCAGCCCCCACCAACCCAGUCCCAUCCAGCCCCCACCAACCCAGUCUCAUCCAGCCCCCACCAACCCAGUCCCAUCCAGCCCCCACCAACCCAGUCCCAUCCAGCCCCCACCAACCCAGUCCCAUCCAGCCCCCACCAACCCAGUCCUAUCCAUUCCCCACCAACCCAGUCCCAUCCAGCCCCCACCAACCCAGUCCCAUCCAGCCCCCACCAACCCAGUCUCAUCCAGCCCCCACCAACCCAGUCCCAUCCAGCCCCCACCAACCCAGUCUCUUCCUGUGGCGUGUUUGAUACCGACCUGUCCCUCUUGGAAAGAAAGGCCUGUGACCAUGCCAUCCAUCCCAUUCAACCCAUUGUGUUCCUGAAACAAGAAGCAGCAGAGUAG